CAUCAUCAUACCCCCACCCACUGACUCCCCCUCAUUGAACAAGUUUGUUCCAGCCCGCGCCUCUGCCACCGUUCCAUGGCGAACGACUUUGACUCCUCAGACAUCCUUGGCAGCUCUGUCCCGCUUGGUCGAGGCCGGGCGGAAUCUUCGUCUUCUUCGUCAUUCUUUUUCCUUGGGUUUCUAGCUUUCGCUGGUGUUGGGGUCUAUUUCUGGUUCAAAUUGCAGGGACACGUGCACUACGCGCGAUGGAGGGAGAGAAAACGUAGACGAGCGGCUCGUGAAAGAUAUGGCAUCGACGCUGACGAUACCCGCCCAUUCGCGGUUGCUUACGCGCAGGCUCGUAAACAGAGGGAUCAGGCUCGCUUGGAUCGGGAGAGAGCUUCCCAGUCAGUGUAUAGCUCGGGGCGUGACGAGACGCCGCCCCACCUACCGCAAUUACGCAAUAGGUUGACGAGUGUCUCUCCUGGCGUUCAAUACAGCUAUCGGCCCUCCUCAUACCGUGAUGUCAGCAUUGACCGUCACCAGAACUUGGCGCCUCCGGAAGCGCCUAUUGAAGUCCCUACAGAGGCUCCAGUAGAGUACGUUGAUGACUUUCCGGAGACAGAAGAGGCGACAGAAGAGGCGACAGACGAACCCUCGCGAUCAUCUCCUGUGUCUCAAGGCGACCAUGAUAGCGGUUUCGGAGAAGAAGAGGGAAGUCCUGCUGUAAUGGAGGGAAUUGUCGAGCACGGGGCACGACGCACAAAACGUCUCGCGGAUUCAGGCGAGGAAGGUGAUUUGGAGUCUCUCCAAGGGCGCCGUCACGACAAACGUCGCAGGAAGACCUCGAACCGGACGCCCACACAUCCUCCUAUCGAAAUCGUUCCUUCUACGGCCGACGAAGGAGAAGAAAUGGAGGUCGAUGCGAUUGACGAGAUGCCACCUGUUCGUCGUGGAAAGAAGCGUGACAGGGUAGAGGCUGGUUCCACGUUCGGAGGCGAUGACGAGUCUGCCGUGGAUGACGUGAACGACGAGCGAUCGCGGCAUCGUCGGAAGCGCAGGAAUCGCAGGGAUGGUGCUUCGCAUCGUGGUCGCAAACGAGGCCGAGGUGUGGAUACUUCGGAGAGCGAGAGUGAGGAGGGUAGUCGUCGUAUUGCGGGUAAGGCUUCGCGCAGGCGACAGCAUUACUCAGAUGACUCAGAGGAAGAUGUGCCGGUGGAAGGUGUACAAGUCCACAAGGAUCCGAGAUGUGGUGGUCGCCGAGUGGGUGAGGAAUGGGAAGCUCCAGGAGCUAAGUACAAGGUCGGAAGGGAUGGUCGACGGUUGAUCCUGGCGCUAGUGAAAACCCAUAGGCCAUUAUUCCCUAUGCCCAACGAUUCCCAGCAUCCGGAUCGCGAGGUCAACGUCAGCGCCUUGGUCGAGAAGUGGUUAACGGACGAGGAGUACCAACUUGCAAAAGACCGACGCGAGUUGGCCUGGCAGGAUCCUCCGCCUAGCAUCACUAUUCCUUCUCACCCCUCCAUCAUCGAUGAUCGACCAAGUUUCUGGAAAUCUACGUCUGGACUAGGCGCUUCAGUAAGGAGACAAUCGCUCCUCGCAAGCCCUGCAAGUUCGACCAGGAGCUUAAACCCUGAACCAUCUCCCAGUCCUCAGCCAACACCUGAAUCUUCGCCUCGCCGUCGGAUAUCAUCGUUUCCAAGUCUCAGUAGUAUGGGUAAAUCCAAGUCACUGUCAAAAUGGCAGAAGCAGGAGUUGGAAGCUACCUCGAUGGAUCGUAUCAGAGCUAAGAACGAGGCAGAGCUUGCGAAGAGGGAGCAGUCAAAGCCGAAGGUCUCGUCCCCACUUGCGACUGCCCCUCCUACCUCGUCAAUACCCGCAUCGGCCCCCAGCCUCACUUUCCAAAAAGCACCCGAAAAUCCUUCUGCAGGUGCUGUUGCCCCCGCUGUCCUUCCGGAGAAGAAAGACGAAGCGAAGCAGACCGAGUCCUCGAAGUCCACGUUCGCUUUCCCAAGCCUCCCGGCGAAACCAGGGGAGAAGGAGAAUAGUCAGAGCUCUGCUCCGGCUCCAUCUUUAUCGUUCUCUGCUCCCAAUCUUGCGCAGCCAGCAAAGAACACUCCAACUACCAGUGCACCGACAACUGCGAAUAUCCCAAAUUUCUUCGGGAACAAAGGAUCACAGACUCCUGCAGCUGCUCCCAUGUUCCAGCCUACUCCGGCACAGAGCGCGACUGCUCCUGUGAACCCAUCUCCGCUUGGAUUGACCUCUCAAUCGUCUUCGCAAACUGCUCCUACGCCAUCCUUCUCGUUUGGUCCACCGAAACCCGCUCAGACCACGUCUGUCAACAAUGCCGCAGGAAAGACCGAGGAGCCCAAAUCUACGUUCCCGUUCGGAAGACCAGGACCGACUCCGGUCACCCAGCCAUUUACCUCUGGGUCCACUUCACAACCCUCUGCAAACAGUUCAACGAUGUUCUCAUUCUCGAAACCAGCAGCGUCUUCUGCGGCCGCUUCGUCCGCUCCAUCGUCGACACCGGCCGCUGGUGCGAGCGCCGACUCGGCAGCGAAGCCAAAAUUCAGUUUCGGGAUUGGGAAACCCUCGAGCCUGUCGCCUCCUGCUGCUUCGGGUACACCUGCGGCUCCCUCGACAUCUCAAGACUCUGCUCCGAAGUUCUCGUUCGGACCAACCGUUGGUGGUGCAGGUGCUGGCCAAGCUCCUAUGACGGGGACCUCGCCGUCUCCAGCUGCCCUUGCCAACCCCUUCGCUUUUGGAGCAAGCACCACGCCCAGAGCGCCUGAAGCCACGCCAUCGCUGUUUGCCAACAAUUCAGGUGCCAAAUCCGAGGCCAACAAGUCUGCGUUCUCGUUCGGGCCAUCGGGAGGUGCCAAUCCUGGACCAUUCAACUUCGGAGGAGCUUCAAAUAAUACUACUAACGCCCCACCUGCCGGUGCAUCUUCCCCCUCCUUUGCCUCAAAACCCGCAUUUUCCUUCGGUGCUUCGGGCACACAGCCUCCAGCCCCCGCACCUACAGCGAACUCGCCAUUUACGUUUGGAAUGCCUCCCGCGCAGGCCAAUGCGAGCAACGCUGGAGUUGCAGCCGAGGCACCAAAACCCUCGGGAGGAUUCAACUUUGCUUUUGGAGCUCAAAAUAAUUCGCCAUUUGCGGCCGCUGGAAACUCGCAGUCUAAUAACAACGCCCCAACUGGUGCGCCCCCUGCCGCACCAUCAUUCGGUGCCCCCGGUGCAUGCGGGAGGUCGGGAUCUGCGAAGAUGAAUACCCCCCGAAGCUCAACGACUCCCCGCCCUCGACCGCCUGCUCAGAACCGUCGAACAUCUUCCCUAAAACACAGCACUACUUCACCUCCACCGCCCUACACUCUUUCAUUCCCGACCACUACCUCAGAGCAGGACUCUCUCGCAUACAGUUCUCCGAACCCUUCCUUCCUCGGUUCGCCAAUACGUGCGAGCGCCACAAGUUCCAGGAACAUACGAGGCACACCAGGCUCUUCCAGCGAUCUCAAAGUUCAUGAUGUCGACGAUGCUUGGAUGGAUGCUCAGUCUCGCGAAGAGCUUUCGGGUCUUCUCAUGAUGGCUGACGGGGUCAUCAAGGAUCGGGAGCGAGUCCUCAGCAUGACGUCCGAAGCCUGCAAAACUUUGUAUAACGGGAACGUCGCGCUUCAGUCGAAACAUCAGGCUUUGCUCGCUCGACUUCCCGCUGGACAGACGAUGACGCCUAGUUCAUCGAAUACACCUGUUUCGUCCGCUGCACCGAGCCCUCAUUUCUACACGAGCAAUUUACCUAGGGAUAGAACAUCUUCGACGGUCUCGGUCGAACCACCUGUACCACCUCGUCAUUUCCGUCGUAUCUCGGUUUCGCCUUCGGAUAUCGCGCAGCUUGCGGACCAGAAUGCGGAACUUAUGCAAACGUUGCAGGAACUCGAAGCAGAGUCUUCGCAUGCGGAUCAGGCAGGCAAACGGAAGUUGAAGAGACUGGAGGAGGAAAUACAGUUAUUGCGGGGGGAGUUGGAGGCAGCGCAGACCCGGAGCGUAGAGCUGGAGCAGCAGGUCAUCGUGGGGACUAAGGUUGAGAAAGGGAGUGAGGAGGCGGAGAAGAGGAGGUUGGAGAGAGAGGAGAAGUUAAGAGGGUUGAAGGCGAAAGUUGGUUCGGAUGGUGAAGACGAUGAAGAUGCCAUUCCCCGCGAUUUUGCUCCGAGCAAUCCUUUGGGGUUGAGCACAUCCUCUCGCUCUUCUGGUAGUUCCACUGCGACAUCGUUACAAAGUCCUCCGGCAACACCUUCCAAGGCUUCACCGUCUCUCAUAACCCGGCUUGUCAACAAAAUCGCGGAACUCGAACAAACCAACGACCAGAUGAACGAACAGCACAGGGAGACAGAAGCACGACUACGUCAGGCGGAGAUGGACGCGGAAACCAUUCGGAAGUUAUACUCUUUCCUAGACGACGAUCCACAGGUGGAGGUCCAGGUUGUGGACGAUGAAGAUACUCCCGCCAACCUUUCGACCGAUUCUCAAGACCACUCCGUGCAUUUCCGGAGUCUUCGCCGAUCACUACAUCUGGAUUCUGCUCGACUCUCGCUCGAUUCCCGGUUCGAUAGCGGCAUCAAGAACGUCAUGCAGAGCACACUUCGCAGCCACAGCAACCGUCUUCCCCUCAAUGCUCCUCACAGAAAUCGAAAAAGCGUCGUAGGCUUCUUCGGUUCUGCAUCCCAUUCGAGCACAGGUCUCCCUUCAGAAACGGGCUCCCCUUUCGUCUUUCCACCGUCGCCCCUGAAGGUAGAAACUGCCUCCUACGCACCCACAGAACCAUCCGAAUUCGGUGCAUCUUCCCCUGCGUUGUCCACACUUGAUCUACCGGCAAACAAUUUUGGCCGUGGACAUACACUCGGAAGCGAACUAGGUAGUCAGUACGGAGAUGACUGGGCCGCUAACGCUGAAAAUCACCAUCUUCGAACAAGUAGCCUCUACGACCUCAGUAGUGUGACGGAUGCCGCCCCUUCACCCCUCCUCUCACCCUCGUCUCCAACUGCUGAACAUACCGCGUUCCCACCUAUACCCCCUUCCAUCGCCGUCCAGACCGCUACUCCGCCACAUCCACAACCACAACCACAGGAUUUCCUUUCCCAGUCCACGGAUGCACAUUUACAACUCACCCCGACCCCCGGUAGAAUGGACCUUCCAGAAGCAGAUGUCGAUGAGACACCUAAAUCGCUCGGGAGGUCAAAUAUGAUUGAACGAAACCGAAGACUGUCGCAGACCGUCAGGUCGAGGACGACGCACUGGGUCGACAGACGGUUCAAGGAUACGCUGAAGUCUCUGGGAGAAGACGUCGAGUCGGGCGAUGUACCGUCGUCAGCCUCGUUGGACCUCGUUCUGUCUCCCACGAAUCCGUUCAUGUCACCGCCGGACGAGGUCCAGUCGCCGGUGGUGGGUGUCCACUCGACCGCGGAGGCUAUCUCGGCGGCGACGGGUGUAGCGGCGCCUGCUGCUUUUACGAGGGUGUUGGAUGCCGUGGACGCUGUGGUAGACCAGUUCGUCGGUGUCGCCUCGUCGUCUGCUAAGGGCGACAACCCACGGUCCCCAUCCGUAGUCUCAAAAGACCUUUCUUCGUCAGCCUCUCCUGUCCUCAAUCGCAGUAUUCGCACACGGAAAGCAUCACAUGCAGAUGUCGAUGCGAGUCACCAGUCAAAAGUGAAGAAACAGGGCCUUGCUGCGGUGAUGCUCGAGGUCUGGCUGUGGUUGCAGUUCGUGAUCAUCAUUGUCGUGUUCCUGUGGGCUAUGGCGAAGCGGGGACCCAAGGGCGUAUUGAAGGAUGCGGAGAGGAGAAGGGCGAUGAGUGGGGCCUCGCGAAGAUGAUUCGAUACUCUCCUUUAUUCGUCAGAUUGAAGGAUGUGCCUGUGGUAGUGGCGAGGGUUGGGUGUUGGAUUCGAACUUGUGGAUGAUCCUGGUUUCUUGGUUUGUUCUUCUUAUUCGUUCCUUGACGUUGGUUCCAAGCUACGCACAUCAUUAUACCUCCAUUUGACUUGUCUGUGCAUAUCGCAUACUACAGUACUACACACUGAUAUAAUCGGCAUUUGUUACACGUUGGAUCUCGUUCUACCUACCGCGUCUUUCAACUUUUGUUCCGUUUUGUCAGUUCCAUCGCGCCAUCACACCAACGGUCUUUCCCUAUCACUCUCAUAUCUUAUCACCUUCCGCCUCCGAUCACUGUCUUUUGCCACCUUGAGAAUCUUUUUUUCACUGACUGUUUGUGACCUUUUUUCACGAUUGAGCAUUGCAUGUACGGCUUCAUGACCC